AUGGGAGAAUUUCCUCCAGAGCUCGAGAAAGCGAUCCAACUCCAGACAACUAUUGGAAAUCUCAAUGAGGAAAACAUUGACGCAAGUAUAGAGCAAAUCAUGGCAUCAAUUUACGUUGAAGAAGAAAAUUUACCAGAUUUAUGCCGCGAAAUUGUUAGAAUGGUUCCAAUUCGCUCAACACAUAUACCAUUAUACACAAAAUUUUUAACAGCUCUCGCUAAAAAGAUGCCAGAUCAAGAUUUAUUCGAAGAUAUUUUACUUGAUGUCAUUAUCGACGAAGAUGUUCCACAACUUUCAUACCAACUUCGCAAGAACGACAUACUUGGCGUCAAAGACGUUAUAAAGAAGAAUCAUACGUUCAAAACUAACCUUUUCUUUGAUGAAUUCAAUGAUGAGAGUGUUCUCUUUGAUAUGGAUGUCUUCAAGGGCAAGAAGGAAGAUGAUUUAUGGAAGCAGCCCCUUGAAGAACUCAGAGAAAAUCUUUGGCUUGCAAAUUCACUUCAAUUCGCAAUUAAAUCGGACAAUGUCGAUGCUGCACAAAACCUCGUUAUCGCAGAAGGCGAUAAUGCUGAUUGGAAGAAGCCUCUCGAGUGGAGUGAGUUUGAAGUCAGCGAAGCUCCUCCUUCUACAACAGUUCUUGGCUUGGCAGCUUAUUUCGGAGCUCCCAAAGUCUGGCUCUUCCUCAAAACUAACUACAAUCUCGAAAUUACACCAGAAAUCGCUCAAUGCGCUGUAAUGGGCGGCAAUAUGGAGAUAAUUAAGGAUUGCGAGGACAAAAUAAAGGACUGCAAUGAGUUUGCAUUCAGAUUCCACCAUCAAUCUGUCUUCGAAUGGCUUUUGGAGAAAGAAGAAUGCAAAUUAACACCUAUCGAUGCAAUCAUGUCCCAUAACUACAAGUUCUUGGUCUCAUUAAUCAAGAAAGGUACAGAUAUCAAUACUCUUUCGAUCAGCGAAGCCGGAAUUUCACCUUUAAUUUUCGCCGUUCAACAUUCCUUCAGAAAUGUAAUUCAGUACCUCAUAAAUAGUGGAGCUUCGGUCGACCAAUCCGAUAGAAACGGUUUAACACCUUUACAUAUCGCAAUUAAAGGAGAUGACAUAAAAACAGCUGAAGUACUGAUCAAGAAUGGUGCCAAUGUGAACGCUAAGGACUCUAAAGGUAAUACACCGUUGAUGCAAGCUUGUAUAAUUGGUUCUCUUCGUUGUGUCAAAUUAUUACUCGGAAACAAAGCAGAUCCAAGCAUUCCUGAUAACAAAGGUAAUGUACCUGCUAGGAGAACAUUUAAUACUGAUAUUCAGAAGUUAUUAGCUGAAGCCCAAAAUUAA